GGAAGUGGUUAUACCAGUAAAAGGGUUUUGACAGUCGAAAGAGUUGGACGCGCGUACACCAGUACAAGAUUCCUCACAGUCGGGAGAGCAGGAAGCGUGUGGACCAGUAAAAAGAUCAUCACAGUCGAAAGAGCAGGAAGCGUGUAUACCAGUACAAAGGUUCGAGAGAGCAAGAUAAAAUUAAGUACAUGGAUGAUUAUUUGCAAGAACAUCCAUAUUUUCAAGGUGCAACGAGUGAAAAAAUAGCUUUAUAAAGUUUAGCCGCAUAAGCAUAUUGAGCAGUGCGGAGCUAACAUCGAGUAUGGAAAAGCAAAGAUGGGCAAAGCUCCCGAGCACUUUUGGUUUUUCCAAGGUUAGAAUUCCUGAAUUUUAUUUUUAUCUAACAAUCCAUUUAUCUAAAUCAAGAGUGAGUUGAGAGGAGUACGAUUUGUCGAGAAACCCGUUACAGUAUUUAGACAUCAAUUGCUAAACAUUCGCAAUGUGCAGUUUCCACUGGCAAUAUUGCUAGCAAUUUAGAUUUUUAGCAAUUUUUAAUUGCCUGCCGAGGUGCCCCUUUAUGUACUUUCUUCAAAUGGCUUAUGUGUGAUUAAUACCGGUAAACAUGGAUUUGGAAAAUUCAAUAUCAGUACACCCAUUAACCAAUGAUCCAACAGCUGCUUGGCACGAGAUUUCCAAAACUCAGCGUCUGAUAAAAGUGUCUAUGAAUAAGGCGGUGAAACAGAAAGAUCAUAACAAAAUUCGAGUUGUUUGUAUGAGUGAUACACAUUCAUUAACACCUUACCUAAAAUUUGAUAUACCGGACGGCGACAUCUUUAUCCAUGCUGGGGAUUUUACGAAAUGUGGUAAAUUAGAAGAAGUAGUUGAUUUUGAUAAAUGGAUUGCUACUCUUCCCCAUAAGCAUAAGAUAAUCAUUGCGGGAAAUCACGAGCUAAGUUUUGAUAAAACCUUUACUGAAGGUUCUUUAAAUAAGUGUCCUGCUAGGCGCACUAAACACACUGGCCGCUUCAGCCUUGACAGUAUGCCGAUGCUGGGAAACCCCAGAGAAGACAUUGAAAGUGCUAUACAAACUAAAAACAUUCGAGAUGUUUUAGUAAAUUGUACCUAUAUAGAAGACCAAUUAAUUAAUGUAAUGGGUGUACGUAUAUAUGGUACUCCCUGGCAGCCAGAAUUUUGUAAUUGGGCGUUUAAUUUACCCCGUGGAGAAGCAUGUAUAAAUGUUUGGAACCGCAUACCAAAUAAUGUGGAUAUAUUGAUAACACAUACGCCACCCGUGGGCCACGGAGAUUUGUGCUGCUCUGGGGUUCGUGCUGGUUGUGUAGAUUUGCUAACUACGGUGCAAAAACGAGUUAAACCCAAAUAUCAUGUAUUUGGGCAUAUCCACGAGGGUUAUGGUAUUACAUCAGACGGAAAUAUUAUAUAUGUGAACGCAUCAACUUGUGAUAUCAAUUAUAAACCUAAUAAUCCACCUAUUGUAUUUGAUAUAUCUUUACCACAUAACAAUUUUUAAUGCUUUCAAGGAGUAGGAUAGGGUAUGUAUGUAUGUCUCUGGUCAUAGAUAUAAGUUCAGUAUUGGCGAUUAACGUUAACUAUAAGACUUCUUUGUAGCCCUGCUGACGCCAUAUGUAUGGAUAAAAUUCUCAUCAAUUAUAUCUGUAUCUAGUAAGCUAUACAAUUAGUUGAAUUUAUUAAAAUUUUGUUCUUAUUAAAACAAAAGGUAAAACUUUAGUAUACCGUCCCAGACUUUCGAAGAAUAAUUUAUAUAUUGAAAUAAAGCUAUUUUUGCAACAUAUAAUAUAAAAUAUAUGUAUGUAGGUCUAAAAACGAAUUAUCGAAGUGUUAGUGGAUAUAAAAGUGAAAAAUAUAUGUAUAUAUUUCAUUCUAAUUUGAUAAAAUACGUACUUAAAAUAGUUGAAACUUUCAACUUUAAACGUAAACAUCUCGAUAACUAUAAGUUUCCCGCGGCUAUAUCUAUAUAUAUUCUUGAUCUGGAGGAUCUCCUCUAUCCGCCCAUCCCAUUUUAUCCCCGAAAGCCUGGGACGGUAUACCAAAGCUGACCCCUUAUGAGGAAAUCCGCAAAAAAUUAAGUUCAAUAAUUAUUUUUCAAUUUAUAUUUUUUCACAAAAUUAUACAGUAGUUAUAUUUUGAUUUUUAUUUUUCGUUUGCAAAAUAAGAGUUAUUUGAUAACAGUUAUUUAUUGCUCACAGAAUAAUACUUAUGCGGUGAGUUUUACUUAACUCUUACGCAAUAAGAGUUGAAGAGUAAGCUUUUUGUUUUUCCUUGACAAAUAAUACUCUCUCGCUAAGUUAUGUUUUUUCACCAACGAACGAUUACUGAACGCAGGAAAUAUAUUGAAUUUUGAAUUUCUAUGCCAUGUGUUAUUUCAUCGCUGCUUUCUUUUCUCUCUCUCAUUGCGUCUGUUAUGACACUUAAACAGUGUUCACAACUAUCAACAAUUUUUCUCCCUAAACUCCAACAAAAACCCUCUAAAAAAUAAUAAUUAUUAAAUUAAUAA